GUGACCUUUCAGUGCAGCUGCCUGCGAAGGCUGCACACACCUACAAGACGGCCGGGAGCUGAAACACGACGCCUCUAAGAGCGAUUUAAACGUAUAAACCUACCGUAAAUGGGUUUAUCAUCUCUCCAGGAGUCAUUUUCGUCGCUCCCGUUUACCUCGACCGAUUGUUGUGGAUGGAUUAUAUUAUUUUCGUCUCACCAAGAAGCCUUUCGACGCCCAGUCAGCAGCGGCAGCCAUAGCUCCGUCAUUGACGCUGGAGAAUAUUGUAAUCUGCCCCUGCAAUGGCCGUCUUUAGUCACCAGGUGCUCUUUGCAGUCACAAGAUCGAGGGGAUCGUAUUUGUUAUCAAAGAGGCAAAGCUGCUCCUCUCUUUCUUCCAAAGCCUAUCUCCACAUAGACCCUCCUCGUCACGUCUCGUCCUCGCUCACACUCAGGCACUCCCGCUAUGGCUACUCUCACUGUUACCGAGGCCACGCCCUCAGCCGCGGCCACAACUCCGCCCUACUCGCUCGCUCUCUACACAGCUCAGGUGCUUGGCUCCAAGACAUAAAGCAGGAGGACACUAAGGCCCCUGCAGCUGCUACCCAGGAUGCUUCUACAGGAGCAAAAACGGACUCUGUGGUUGCUGCGCCCCAGUCCCAAUCUCCACCAGCACCUGCUCCGGCGGCCACCUCCACCACCACAGCGGCUGCUUCCCCUCCGGUGCAAGAGAGGGCGGUCUUGAAAAAACCUCUGUAUCAAAGGAUUGUGGAUGAGUUGAAGCAUUACUACAAUGGCUUCCGGUUACUCGGCAUUGACAUCAACAUUGCAGGCAGGAUGGUGUGGAGGCUGCUUCAUGGACAACUGCUCUCACGCAGGGAGAGGAGAAGGCUGAUGAGAACCUGCGCUGACCUCUUCCGUCUGGUGCCCUUCAUGGUCUUUAUCAUCGUUCCUUUCAUGGAGUUCCUUCUUCCCGUCUUCCUCAAACUUUUCCCUGAGAUGUUGCCUUCCACCUUUGAGACAGAGUCCAAAAAGGAGGAGAAGCAGAAGAAAGGUCUGGCGGCUAAGCUGGAACUGGCCAAGUUUCUCCAAGAGACCAUCGCUGAGAUGGCUCGAAGGAACAAAGCAAAAGCUCAGACAGAAGAUGAGACACAGCGCUUUUCCACAUAUGUGCAGAAGGUUCGGGGCACAGGUGAGCAGCCCACAACGAAGGACAUCGUCCGGUUCUCAAAGCUGUUUGAGGACGAGCUGACCCUGGAGCACCUGGAGCGCCCACAGCUCGUGGCUCUGUGUAAACUGUUGGAGCUGCAGCCCAUCGGCACAAACAACUUGCUGCGUUUUCAGCUGAUGAUGCAACUCAGAACCAUCAAGUCAGAUGAUGAGAUGAUUGCAGCAGAGGGUGUGGCAGCAAUGAGUGUGUCAGAGCUACAGGCAGCGUGUCGUAGUCGAGGUAUGAGGUCUCUUGGUCUCACCACUGACCAGCUACGGCAGCAGCUGCAGCAGUGGCUGGACCUGCACCUAAAGGAGAAUGUUCCUCCUUCGCUGCUGCUGCUCUCCAGAGCCAUGUACCUGACUGACCUCAAACCAAAACCCCCCGUCAUCCCCCCUGUCCCCAAACUCGAGAAAGCAACUCCUCCUCCUCCAGCGGAUAGUGCAGGAGCAAACACGACCUCAGUCAGUACUGACAUGUUGACGGACCCUGCCCUCAUCAUCAAAGACAGACCGGUGGAGGAGAUGAGGGACAAGGCUCCUGUGGUGUCCGACAAACCUCUGACUCCUGCAGAAGUCCUUCAGGCUAAAGCAGCAACGGAGGUCUCCCAGAAGAGCAAGAUGAGUGCCAACGGUGUGUAAAGAGGAGCAGGAGCCCAUGGACUGAAGUAGGGGAUGGACUCUCACAGCCCUGUGUGCUCGGGGAGGAAAGAUCUGCUGUGUCUUCUGCUUCGUCUCUGCAGCUGCUUCUCCGUACCCUCGACCCUCUUGCUUUCACAUUGUUACACUCCGUUCUCUGUAAACUCUCCAUCAGAGCUGGACAAACCCGCCUGACUGGCAGACAGCUGGCGGAGUGAUUUCUUUGACCUCCUGUCCUGGAAAUGAAGCCCAAACCGCCCAUCCUGGUCACCCGUCUGUUUGACGGUGUCUCCUUACAGUCUAGACGGUCUCCUCCUUCUCCUACUCCUGUAAAUUUGUAAAUAUCCUGUAUAUUUCUGUCUCUGUUAGCAGUUUUAUUUUGUUUUAUUUGGAUACCUUUUUGCUCAUGUUCAGGACAUGAGAGAAGUCAUCAAUUCUUCAGAUAUAGUUUGCUGAACUUUUUGGUUCAGUAGCUUUCCCACCUUUAUCUUUGUUUAAUAAGCAGGACCAUGCUGAUGUGCUGAAUCAGAUGCCAAAAGACACCACAUUCUGAACCUGCGUUUCACUAAAACGCAACGGUUCAGUCAAAAUGUCUUUGUCUGUUUUCGUCAGCUGGCGUUGCAGUAGAUCUGGACUGGCCCUGCUUCUGAACAGGGUGGACAUAGCGUAGCUGCUUGCUGCUGUAAUUAGCAAACAAAGACUGGUAUAUUAUUGAGAGAGAGGUCACUCCUUAAACCCAGAGGUGACUGUGGUAAAGUGCAGCCUGUCUCCACUGGUAAGCCACUGAAUGGACAAUCUGUAUAAAAGAAAUUGCAGAUUUUAUUUGCAUAUACAGUGUAUGUGUUGUGUUUAACACUAUGAUGCUACAAUGUCUUUAAACUGAAAAGAGAAAUACUUGAUUUUUUUCCCAUAAAGAUAUAUUAUUAACAUGUGGGAGGAGCAACAGAUGAGAUUAAUGUUAUUUUUUUGGCAUUGUGGCACUAAAAAAUGUAAAAUGUAAAGCAUUAUGACAGAUUCCCCUAGCUUCAUUAAGCGCUCAUAAAUAUAGACCCUAAAAGCUGUUAAUGGAAGGUUUACCACUUAAAUGUGUACUGUAUAAUUCAGUUUUAUGCAUAUUUAGCAAUGUUUAAGAUUUUGUAACCCUCCCACUACAUUUGGCAUUCUUGGAGUAACAUUCAUUCAUUUCAGAGGUAUGAAUGUUUGUCUCCUCAGCAUUUUUCGCCCUUGACAUCUAUCAUAGAAGUGGACUCCAUUAAUAAAUUAUACUUUUUAAGCAGACAGUUUGCUAAUGAAGAUUUAUAUUAUUGGUUUCUACAUAUGUGCCUAAGGUUAAAUGGUGGUUGUGUUUGCAUUUUUCAUCAGAGAACAGAUUUUCUAUACUGUACCAUUGUCCGUUUGUAUUUUGGUUUGAUCCUUCACCUCAGUGUGUUUAAAGCGCCCAGUUGCACCUUUUCUCUUAGUGGAAUGUCUCCUUUUCCCUUCCCCAUAUGAUCUGUGUAUCAGUCCAAAUUCAAAUAAAUCCUCGUCCUUUAAUCACCAGUGUUGAUGCUGAUGAAAAAGCACCUUUUCAAUCAGCUCUGCACUUGUGGUGCAAAAGGGAAUUAAGGACAUUUUUUAAAAAAACAUUCACAAUUCUGAGACGGCAUUCUGUGUAGAUGUUACCGACUGAGGCAACAUAUUAAGCAGUUGGUGUUAGUUAACACAACAACUGUUUCUGAGCUGUUGAGGAAAAUGUGUCAUGUUGAUGUUGAGUUGAUCUGAUGGACGGUUUUCUGACACAUUUGAUGCCUCGUGAUGUCUAUUACAUGAUUAAAGGAUUGACCAGCAAUCAGAUAAUGGGAAUCACUUGACUGGUUUCAUGUUUCUGCUGUGCGUGCCUCUGAGACUCAACAGGUGUUGUACUUUUUUCCCCCAUUUAUUGGACAGGAUGCAUUCUUCUGCGUCCACAGAUGCAACAUCUUGUCUUGAGUAAAAUUCCAUGUGUCACCUCUUGAAACAGUGUUUGUUUCCAUGUCAUUCUUCAGCAUCAUUGUGUGUGUGUGUGCGUGUCUGGAAGUUAUUACUACCUACUGCUAUCACAGAUUGGUUUGGAACAUCACCGCUGUCAUGGUGCGCGUCAUCUUCAGAUUCUUUUAGUUCAGACUUGCACUGCUGUCCAGUUACCUCCUCACCCUGCCAGAAUUUAUGCAUCUCUUUUGUUUCAUGGCAAAUGCGCGUUGGGAUGAUUGAGGGGGAAAAAAGCAUUCACAUGAUUAAAAUCAUGAAACCCUUUA